CUCCCCUUUCAGUCGUGGUGGUGCAAGCAAGCAGCCAUGUUGCCGUGAGCCUGUUCCGGUAUGAGGGCAGGAUCGUGCGCAUAGACUGCAUUCGGGCGCAGCUCCUCGCUUUUCUCCCCCCCUCCUCCCCGCUGCCCGUGACACGCACCUCCGAGAAAGAAAAGCCCACUUUGCUGAUAAUGGAUUUUACAACUUGAUGAUUCCUCAUUCGGUCUGCGGGUGACUGGAGUAUAUAGUCGGUGUACCGACAGGACGAACUGGUAUAUCGCCACACUGCAGUGCAGUACUGGUGAACGACCUUAUUCCAAUCACGCAACACAAGGAAGAGCGCCGGUGAUUUCCGUGGAUUUUGAGUUCCGUGGGUUGCUCUCUGGCAGUCACCGCCACUGCGGUCGCUGGGGAAUAAGCUAACUAGCUAGCUUUACCUCAAAAGAAACGCUGAAUUAGCUAGCUGCAUGGGCUAAUGUCGAUCAGUUAGCUAGCGCAACAAAUUAAUUUGUGAUUCCCACCUGCCAUGUGACCAUUUUACAAGGUGCUGCUUUUAUUUUUAGGAUACCCUGCCCCCGGAUAACUCGCUGGGAAUAUCUGAAUUUGCUUUGUGCGAGUUGGGAAGGUCGAGAGCUCGCCGGGAAAUAACUUUGGCCUGAAAGUUUUGCAGACCUCGGAGCUGGUUUGAGACCUGAAAGGAAACCUCUCUCUGCCACAGAAGGAGAAAGACAAACGGCGACGCUGCGCGAUGAAAACGACGCUGUGCGAUCGACAUUUUCUGUAGAUUUUGGCAACAGCCGCCGCUUUCUCAGACCUCACUUAGCGACCUUACAAGUUAGCAUGGUAGCCACCUAAUUGAGCCUGGUCUUCUUUCAAUACAACAACAAUUGCCCAACUUUUUUUCUUCAAGCUAGCAUAAGUAGCUAGCUGGUCAAAACGUCACAGUACCAGGUAGUUAGCUCGCGUCUGACAUCCGUGCUAUAUACCUCGCUGUUCACCAUCGACGCACAUCAACUGUAAGUGGGAACUGUGUCUUCACACCUAGUCCGGAGCUGAAGAAAACAUUUUUUUUCCUGUUUUCUAGCUGUUGACAAACAUGGGACCUGCGGUUGCUGCUGCUAGCUAGUUUCGAGCUAGCUGGCUAACUCGGCUAGCCGCUGAUGUGGGUUUCAACUUGUUGAUUCACGGGCUGUCUGUGGCGCUGCUAGCUGGCUAGCACUGGACAUCUGUUGGAGAGUUUCCACAGCUAUCAGCUACACAAGUUUUAAAUGAUCAACAGAGACUGACGAAUCGUUCUCGUUACACGGUUCCUUUCCCAUUUUUUUCUUCUUUUUUUGGGACUCAGACUCUUUCAAAAAUGUCAACAAGGCCCCCACUGGUUCAAGUAAUUGAAAAUUCGACCGGGCAGGAGUCCAAGUCAUCAUCUGGCCGCUCCAGCAUGUCGAGAUGUCGAAACUCCGUUGCCACGACCACAUCAGAUGAACAGCCGCACAUUGGUAACUAUCGGUUACUGAAAACCAUCGGCAAAGGCAACUUCGCCAAGGUCAAACUGGCACGACACGUCCUCACCGGAAAAGAGGUGGCUGUAAAGAUCAUAGAUAAGACACAGCUCAACUCCUCCAGUUUGCAAAAGCUCUUCCGGGAGGUGAGGAUCAUGAAGAUGUUGAAUCAUCCCAAUAUAGUCAAGCUCUUUGAGGUGAUAGAAACAGAGAAGACUUUGUACCUGGUAAUGGAGUACGCUAGUGGAGGAGAGGUCUUUGAUUAUCUGGUGGCUCAUGGCAGGAUGAAGGAGAAAGAAGCCCGUGCCAAAUUCAGACAGAUUGUGUCAGCUGUGCAGUAUUGCCAUCAGAAGUGUAUAGUACACAGAGACCUCAAGGCAGAGAACCUGCUGCUGGACGCAGACAUGAACAUCAAAAUAGCUGACUUUGGCUUCAGUAAUGAAUUCACUCUGGGGAACAAGCUGGACACUUUCUGUGGCUCCCCGCCCUACGCAGCUCCAGAGCUCUUCCAGGGCAAGAAGUACGACGGGCCCGAGGUGGAUGUUUGGAGCCUUGGAGUGAUCCUCUACACACUGGUCAGCGGCUCACUGCCCUUCGAUGGACAAAACCUCAAGGAACUGAGAGAGCGCGUGCUGCGUGGUAAAUACAGGAUUCCUUUCUACAUGUCCACCGACUGUGAGAACCUGCUCAAAAAGUUCCUCAUCCUGAACCCUUCAAAAAGAGGCAGCCUCGAGCAGCAGAUAAUGAGGGACCGGUGGAUGAAUGUUGGCUAUGAGGAGGACGAACUCAAACCCUACAUCGAACCUCAGCCAGAUUAUAAGGACCCCAGGAGGACAGACAUCAUGCUGCAGAUGGGAUUCUCGCAGGAGGAGAUCCAGGACUCGCUGGUGAACCAGAAGUACAAUGAUGUGAUGGCUACAUACCUACUUCUGGACUAUAGGAACUCUGAGUUGGACGAAGGUUGCAUCAAACCCCGGCCUGGAAGUGAUGUAAGCCACAAAAAUGCCCCCUCCCCGCCUCAUAAGGUACAGCGCAGUGUGUCGUCCAACCAGAAGCCUCAGAAUCGCAGAGCCACUGACCAGGGCUCCUCCUACUCCAAGAGGGGAGUUCAGACAGACAACCGGUCUGCAGGGGAGGAUUCUGGGAGGAAGGGUUCAUCAGGCAGCUCCACCACCAAGGUGCCGGCCAGCCCUCUGGUGUCUUCCGACCGCAAGAAGAGUGCCACGCCCUCCACCAAUAGCAUCUUGUCCACCGGUACCGGCCGCAGUCGGAACUCUCCUCUGACUGACAGAGCCACUCUCGACCAGAGCAUCCAGAACGGCAAAGACAGCCUAAACACUCCGGGUUCCCGCGCCUCCACUGCCUCGGCUGCUGCCGUCCUCUCCUCCUCCUCCUCCUCCUCCUCGCGUCCCCGCCACCACAAGUCCCUGUCCUCCUCCAAUCAUCCAUGCCCCUCUGACCUGCACGCACCACGGCCCAGUGCCCCGGCACAGCGGGCACCCGGAGCCUCCCCUUCUGCCCACAACAUCAGCAGCGCCGCCGUGUCAGACCGUACCAAUUUCUCCAGAGGGGUGGGCAUCCGCAGCACGUUCCAUGCAGGUCAGCAGCGGGGUGCCCGGGACCAGCAGGGCUCGGCUUACCCCGGCGGGCCUGCUUCUCCAUCACUGUCACAUGGCAAUAGCCAGGCCCGAAGGACACAUGGUGCAACAGGGAUUUUCAGCAAGUUCACAUCCAAGUUUGUACGCAAAAAUCUCUCGUUCAGGUUUCCAAGAAGGAGUCCGUAUGAGGGAGAGGGUCAGGAUGAUGGGAGCAGGUCUGUUCUGAGCAGUACUGUAGACAAGUCUGAGAAGACGUCCGGUGGUCUGUCCUCCUCUUCUAACAACGAUGAGAACAACUCCUCCCCGGGGUCUGGAAACACUGGUGGCACUGGCACCCCUCCUGCCAUCGCCAGCCAGAAGGACUCGGUCAAGCCGCGCUCGCUGCGCUUCACCUGGUCCAUGAAGACCACGUCAUCCAUGGAGCCCAUGGAGAUGAUGCGCGAGAUCCGCAAGGUGCUCGACUCCAACAGCUGCGAGUACGAGCUGCGCGAGCGCUACAUGCUGCUGUGCAUGUCGGGGAACCCGGCGCGCGACGACUUUGUCCAGUGGGAGAUGGAGGUGUGCAAGCUGCCGCGACUCUCCCUCAACGGCGUGCGUUUCAAGCGGAUCUCGGGCACGUCCAUCGCCUUCAAGAACAUUGCCUCAAAGAUCGCCAACGAGCUCAAACUGUGAGUGCAGAGGAGCAGCGAGAAGAGAUGCAAGGGUGAAGGGGGGGCGAGAGGAGUGAUGAUGCUGUAGGUGGGAUUAGGAUGUAAGCUAAAGGGUGGGAUCACUUUAAAAGCAACAUGAUUGUUAUGUAAGGUCUGACGCCAGGCUGCCAGUUCUUUGAGACUAGAAAACAUUUCUAGAAGUUUUGUUCCAUAAGUUCCCCGAGGCGCUCAGAUUAGAGACUCAGAGCUGAAUUCCUCUGAGUUGUGAAGAACUUACAGACCGGUGUUCUUCUCUCCACCCCCCUGUGGGGGGGAGGGGUUUCUGUCACGUUCUACUUAGACGUUCCACUCUUCUGCAUGUCCGAUCUUCUUCUCUCUGUUUUUAGGAGUCACACUUUGACCACUCCUGUCAUUUCUUCCUCCUAUUUAUUCUGUUUCUCUGCACGGUUCUGCCGCCAGAAAGGGGUGGGGAGAGGCGGGUGGA